AUGUAUUUCUUAAGUAUCAUAUCGGUAAGCUUUUUUCUUAUUGUUGCGAGUGAGGCGAAAGUCUUGAAUAAAAAUGCAAACACUUGCGAAGAAAUAUUGGGACCUUUAGUUGAUGAAAUACGUUCAUACGAAGAUGUGAAGGAUAAGAUACUAAACUAUGUUUUAAAUGGAGAUUUCAAACGAAAAACCUACGAUGAAUUGGCAAUAUUUGUGGAUAAAUUUGGUGCACGUCCUUCAGGAACGCAGGUCCUUGAAGACUCUAUUGAUUACAUGAUAGAAUUGUCUCGUAAAGAAGGGUUAGAAGAUAUAACUACUGAAGAAGUUGUGGUACCCCGUUGGGAAAGAGGCGAAGAGAAAUUGACAAUGGUUGAACCAAGAAUUAAAAACAUGGUAAUUUUGGGUCUGGGCCGCAGUGUUAGUACUCCACCAGAAGGAAUCACAGCUGAAGUUGUAGUUGUGAAAAGUUUUGAUGAACUAGAAAAUACACCGGACGAAAAUAUUAAGGGUAAAAUCGUUUUAUACGAUCCAAUAUUUACAACUUAUGGUGAAACGGUGGCAGUAAGAUCACAAGGAGCAUCGAAAGCAUCUGCUAAAGGUGCCGUAGCAUCUCUUGUAAGGUCAGUUACGCAAUUUUCAAUUAAUUCACCUCAUACUGGAUCUCAAAACUAUGCCGAUGGUGUAAUAAAGAUCCCUACUGCAGCGAUCAGCCUAGAAGAUGCUGAUUUAAUUAGAAGAUUGUAUGACAGAGGUGAAAAAAUUGUACUUAAUCUUCAAAUGUCAUCGACUUAUGAUGAUACCAAGGUUUCCAGGAAUACACUUGUCGAUUUAAAAGGUAGUCAAAACCCCGAAAAACUAGUUAUUGUCUCAGGACAUAUCGAUAGUUGGGAUGUUGGCCAAGGCGCCAUGGAUGACGGUGGUGGUCUAUUUAUUAGUUGGGCAGCUCCUGUUAUUCUAAAGCGUUUGAAUCUAACCCCGAAAAGAACCUUAAGAGCUAUCUUCUGGACAGCUGAAGAAUUAGGUUUAAUUGGUGCUUAUGCUUAUAAAGAAGCGCAUAAAGAGGAAUUAAAUAAUAUUAACUUUAUCAUGGAGUCUGAUGAGGGAACUUUUGCUCCGUUGGGAUUGUAUGUUAGUGGUAAUACAAGAACGCGUUGCAUUGCUCAGGAGGUAUUGAAAUUGUUUAAAUCCAUAAACGCGUCCACACUCAUAGAACAGGAUGGCGCUGGAUCAGACAUUGCUGUAUUUACUGGCAAUGGUAUUCCCGGUGCGAGCCUUUACAAUGACAAUGAAAAGUACUUUUGGUUCCACCACACUGAAGGCGAUACCAUGAAUGUGGAAAAUCCCGAUGAACUUGAUCUUGGAGCUGCGUUUUGGACGGCAGUGUCAUACAUCAUUGCUGAUCUCUCUGAAGAUAUGGCAUAA